GUAAAUUGGGAUUCUGUGCGUGACUCACCACGUCUUUGUCAGUAACGAUAAAUUCCUGAGUUUUCGUUGUGUAAAACAAGCGUCGGAGCUGCGCACCUCAAUAUUUGUUAAAUUCUGAAGCAUAACCACAAACUCCCCGUUUGAGAAAUGGCGUCCCGCAAGACCACCGGCCGCCGUGCGACCACCAAGAAGCGUGCGCAGCGAGCGACUUCGAACGUGUUCGCCAUGUUCGACCAGGCCCAGAUACAGGAGUUCAAGGAAGCAUUCAACAUGAUCGACCAGAACAGGGACGGUUUUGUGGACAAGGAAGAUCUCCACGACAUGUUGGCGUCUCUUGGCAAGAACCCAAGCGACGACUACCUGGAGGGGAUGAUGAACGAAGCCCCGGGGCCCAUCAACUUCACGAUGUUCCUCACGCUGUUCGGGGAGAGACUGCAAGGGACGGACCCUGAGGAAGUCAUCAAGAAUGCGUUCGGGUGUUUCGACGAGGAGAACAAAGGGGUGAUAAAUGAGGAGAGGCUACGUGAACUGCUUACUUCCAUGGGAGACAGGUUCACGGAUGAAGAGGUGGACGAGAUGUAUCGCGAGGCACCGAUCAAGAGUGGAAUGUUUGACUACUUGGAGUUCACUCGUAUCCUGAAACAUGGAGCCAAGGACAAAGACGAAUAGUAAAGAAAUAUUCCAGCACUUUCAUGGUGAAUGUGCCUUAACACUUCACGAAUCUUCCAAGCUUCUGUAUUUAUCUUGUAUUCUUUUGGACAAGUUAGGAUUUUUUUGGACUUUUGUUUCCAUCAUUAGUAUAUAUAUUGCUCAAUUUUUCCAAAUAUAACUUCCACUGGAAUUAAAUAUUCAUUUCUUUAGUAUAAUUUUAAAAAUUAUUAUUGUAAAAAAAAAUAUUUAAAGUGUUGCAUGCUCAUUAACAAUGUUGUAUGUUGGCAUUUAUUUUUGUUUAAUAAAUAUUUAUGCAGUUUUACAAUUAAAUAUUUUUAUGAUUA